AAGAAAGUUACACUGAACACUUAGUAGUUUGAGUAUAUAAUAACUAACUUGACUUCAUGAAAAAUCAGUACAGUUCUCGUCAGUGUAGCGAGAAGAUCAGUCUGUCAUUGACUAAACAACACUAAAGUCGUUUGAAAAGUUACACUUUCAUUAAAAUGUCUGAUAAAUCAGCGAAAGAAAUUUUUUAUGAUAAAGUACAACCAAUUAUUGAUAGUUGUGACGAUAGAUCUAUAUUACUGUCUGAGGAAAGGUACGAAUUGCUUGUACGAGAAGUUGAGCAUGCUCAAAAUGUUGCAAAAAUCAGGAGUCUCGACAAUAUAAGUGUUCAGUGUAACUUUCUUCCUAGAACUGAAAACAAUUAUAAGGGGUCUAAGCAAAUGUAACGUUCGCAGUUUACCAAUUUUAUUUCAAUAUUUCUUAACUCGGCAGUUCUUAAAAUUUUUCAUUACGAUAGAAAGUCAUUCUCAAUGCAAUUUUUAAUUAUAAAAAAUCGUUUUCCGGGGGGUUGGCUACCUUUUGUGGGAGGGAGGCAUCCAAAAAAGUAAAAUUUUGAGUGACGUAUUUUAUGAUCAUGAUCGUGUUGAUGUGUCAACGUAAUUUUGUCUUAAAUAAUAAAAAGGUAUCAAAAGUCUACAACAAUAAUAAAAAACAUAAAUUAUAUAAGCUGUCAAUUUGUUGAAGAAUUUAAAGGAAAAAAUCAUCGCGCAACUUAUUAACGAUUAGUAACGUUCAAGUAGGGAUAAGUAGUUUUCACGGAAAUAAAAUAAUGUUAUUUACGCAUCUUCACAUUUCUAACCACCAACAACAAUAAUAAUUAAUUAUUAUUAGCGAAAUCAACACCUGAACAUUUAAACCAUAAGUUUCUUAAUGAUUAUUUAAAUUGUAAAAAGCUUAGUAACGCUUAGUUGCCAUAAACAAGUAGGCCUGGAAAAUUCCAAAUGUUUUGUCAAUAAUUACCAUUACUAAGUUACCAACAAAUAGAUUGGAACAGAAAUUGUGAACAUUUGCAUCAACACACUUCCAUUUUGACAAUCUGUCAGAUAUUAUAAGAAAAAAAUUGAAAAUGGUUGAAUUACAGGGGAAAACAUCAUAUAAAAGCGAUAAGAAAGUACCUCUUUCAGUGAGAUACAAUAUUCCAGAUUAUUAUUUAGACUUUGAAUAUGUUAAUAAGUGCACGAAUGGUAAAACUUUAGAAAAGAUAUUGAAAAUAUUACGGUCGGGAGAAGAAGGAUAUUAUCCUCAACUUGUCCAAGCUACAGAAGAGAGACUAAAAUUAAUUAACCCAUCAAGUAAAUUGUUACGUGUUGUAACACCAGCAGUAUCAAAAAAAGAUUUGGAAAAGGAGGAAGUUACUAAACUUACUACGGAUCUGGACGACUGGUUGAAGGUAGUGAAUCAAAACGACACGGAAUUAAAACUUAUGAAGUCUAAUAAAUCUAUUACAGACGAAAUAACCGAAAUUAGAUCCGAUAAAAAAAUAUCUCAAAGUCCAGCCCCCAAUAAUGGAAAACGAAUAGCGUCCACAGAUUAUGCAGCCUGGGAUAAGUAUGAUCCCGAUGUGGAGCUUAUUAAAAUGGAUGUCGAAGAAACACAUACAACUAAAGAAAUCACAAAAAAAAUGAAAGAAAGAGAAAAAAAGACUGUGAGAUUUAGCAAUUUUCAAACGCAGGCUGAAAUUUCACUACAAGCAAAUAGAGAACGAGAAAAAGGCAAUGAGUUCUUUAAACAAGGUGAUUAUCAGGAAGCCUUGCAUUAUUACACAAAUAGUCUCAGUUGUAAAUCAACUGCAGCUGCAUAUACAAACCGAGCUAUUACAUUUAUUAAGCUGAAAAAGUAUGACGAUGCAAUAGCUGAUUGCAAAAUGGCACUAAAAUUGGAACCUUUAAAUGUCAAGGCUCACCUUCGAAUAGCUCAAUGCUUGGAAGCGCAAAAACAGUUCAAAAAGGCCCUCGAAUAUGCUGAUAGGGUAAUACAUUUAGAACCAAAUAAUAUAAUUGGCCAACAAUUACUCAACACACUUCGAAAAAAGUGUGGAAUUUCAAUAAAGGCAACGACACGGCUACAAAUUCAAGAAGUAGAAGAGGAAAAUGAUCUUAAAGCAAUUAUCUGUGACGAAUUGGAAGAACCGAGUUCACCAAAAACUAUCAAACCAAAACAAGCACCCCGAAGUGUUCUUAAAUCCUACAGAUAUUACGAACUAGUACCAAUUCCAGGAACAUCCAAAAUGUCACCACCAUUUUUUGAGGAAAUACGUGCAAACAAUUGGGAAGAAUUUCGAGAAAAAAAGUGUCGAAUUUUGAAUUCUACAAUUGGCCCUCUUUUUUCAACUACUAUCGACAUUUCAUCUGACGAUGAUAUUACGCCGACUACAAAAAAUGUAAAGGCAACCACCGUUAAUAAAGCGGUAUUUUCUACAUCUACAGAUAAAAAGACGAUAGUAUCUCCAAUAACUAAAAAAAUAAGCAAACAUAUUAUUAAGAAAUCUAUAUCAAAAUGCGAUAAAAUAAAUGUUUCCGUUUGUAAUAAAAACGAAACUAAUAAUAACCAACAUUUUAAACAAGUAAAUCAAAAACACAUGGAAGAGAAGAGUACAAAAGAAAAACAUGCAUCAAAUAAACAUGUAGAAAUGAAAAUAAUACCUAAAAUUAAUCCUGCUUUACAAGAUCCUUGUUCAAAGGGAGAGCCUUUUAACCAAGCAAUGGAUGUUAUUCCCGAACAGGGAGAACUGAAUCGACCAUUUAAUUUCUUGAAGGAAUGGCUAUUGUACAGUAACGACACAACAUAUAAAAGAAAAGCAGACAUAUUACGAAAUAUGAACUUGGACAGGCUGCCAGAAGUUAUUGGGAUAAAAUUAGAUAGCAAAAUGUUUAGUGAAAUGGUGAAUUGCUUAUUCAUACACUUUACCGUUCCAGCAGAAAUUGAAAAUCUUAAAAAAAUCCUAACAAACAUGACAAGAGUUCCCCGAUUCAACAUAAUUCUUCUUUUUCUAUCUGACACCGAUCGCAAAUGCCUAAAUCACAUGAUAAGUUUCUUGGACCAACACGGAAAUAGUUUGCCAUUAGAAUUAAAAACAGUGUACAUGAGUUAGCAUCUGUGUUAAUGCUCAUCAAUGAUUAACCAGGUUGGCUAAUUUAUUAAAAAAUAUAUUUCCAACCGUUACUAACAUCUACAUUUGUACUUCUUUCAUUUUAUGUAUUACAAUUGUACAGUAAUUAAAACAUUUUGAACCGUUUUUAUAAAUUUGAUAUUAAGCUUUUACCUCAUCAAGCAAAUUUAUUAACAUUAGGUACAACUCUAACAAGCAUAACAUUCUUAAGCAGGUCAACCGGUAGAGACAGUAAGUAAAAAUCCGUACGAAUUCCGCUAUGCACGCCUAGCGCGGAUUUUUACUUACUGUCUAACAGUUGUCAUUCUUAAGCGUAUUAUAUUUGUUAUAUUAGACAAAAUUUUGUGGCUUUAUCAUCUUAACAAUACAAUUUCUUUCUCUUCAGUUGUAAUAUGUAAAGUUCAUAGGUGAUAAUGGUCAAUAUGGCUUUUAUUUAUUGUAAAACCACAUCGACGUUUCGCCUCAGACGGGUUUCUUAAGGUAGGUUUUUAUGUCAUGUAGAAAAUAGUUCCAAUUAAUUCAGUGUAUACAAAGGAGCAAUAAUUUUUCAGUGAGACGUUAAUACACAAAACAUAAGUAUAAAUAAAAGAAAUAAUCAAAAAUGCACUUAAAUUAAAAAGAUAACAUGAUUGUACAAAUAAAAUAAUAAACAACGGACAAUCUACCAGCAGAAAGCCCCUCUUCUGGGGCAAAACGUCGAUGUGGUCUUACAAUAAAUACAAGCCUUAUUCACCCUUAUCAGUUCAGGGUCUUACAUUUUAUCAUCUCCAUUUUUGUUUCAAAGACAUUGUUUCUACGCAUACUGCUGUUGUUAAGUCCACCGCUAACCCUUACAACAAAAACACGGUAUGGACUGAGAGACAAAAAUCAGUCAGUGUCCAUUUAAAAUUAUAGCUUACAAAUAUUAUUUUAGUUAUUUACGUUUAUGAGUAUCGCUACGGCUGAUUAGUAUUCCAAAGUAUACAUAUUAAUAGAAAUACAAAUUAAAGAGACAAUUCAUAAUGUAAAAUUCGCACUUGAAUCUCGAGUUAGAGAGAUGAAUAAAUUCGAACUAAAGAGUUUGGAAUAAAUAUAAAACAAUUGUCAAGGAAACAAAAUAAUACGAGAAUUAGACAUG